AAUUCUGCCCAUUUAAAGUUUCUUGCCGUUUGCGAACUGAAACAUUUGAAUGAAGCGAAUCAGAAACGUGUCGCCGUUCGUUUGGGUUCACGUUGUUGAAUUCGUCUCAUUCAUUUUCACCUGAAACUCACGUCUAACGUCUCGUUUUAACUUUUGUUCGGUCGCGACCUGAACGACUCUCCGGACGCCGCGGUGCCACCACGUGACGCGUCACUUAAAGUGAGAAUCCGGGUGGAAAGUGUUCGGACGAUGGAUCCAGGUUCUGCCGAAGUCUUCACCGAACACCGAGUUCACACCGAAACACUCAACUCACCCCGAACGAUCUUUGAACACGCGUUAAAACAAUGCACAUGUUCAGAAGAGAUAAAGGCUCCGCGGCCCAAACUCCAGCGGUGCCACCGAGACCCAGCAAGGAGGAGCUGGAUAAUCCCAUCACACACAGUCUGAACCUGGAGGACGCAGAGACGACCGCAGCGUCACAGGAAAACAACAACGAGGUCACACAGGAACUAAACCCAAAGACCAAGAGGACCGGGGUGAUGGGAGUUAUGCAGCAGGUCAAUCCCUUCAAGUCGACCUCACAGGUUCCCUCCAGAGUCAACAAAGCUCCGUCGUCUGAGUCACUCGAGCAGACGGACUCCACACAGAGCGCUGGCGGGCUGAAAGGAGUCAUGCAGAAGGUCAACCCAUUCAAAUCUACCUCCCAGGUUCCUAAAGCUCCGUCUGCAGAGUCGCUGGAGCAGGGACGAGUGUCAGAAUCCAAUCAGAAUCCUGGAGUGUUGAGAGGAGUCAUGCAGAAAGUCAACCCCUUCAAGUCUUCAGCUCAGGUGCCAAAAAGUGAUCCUCAGGACGAGUGUUCAGAUCCACAAGAGACUGGAAAAGAGGCCAAACAGAAUCCAAGGAUGAUUUCAGGAAUGAUGCAGAAAGUGAAUCCUUUCAAAUCCUCCCAGCCAAAGGAAACCCGCCCUCUUCACGGUGACCUGUCCUCCAGCAGCGGGAGCUUAACGGACAACAACAACCCACCAGAGAAACAGAGGCCAGCGAUGUUCAAGGGGAUGAUGCAGAAAGUGAACCCCUUCAAGUCGCACACACAGACGCCAGAAGAGGAAUGUCACACACACUCGGUGAACCCUGCCGCACCCCCAUCACUCACGAUGCAGGGACAUCGAACUCUUCACAGCGACCACUCGUCCAGCUCCGAGAGCUUGGAUGACAGAACCAUAGAGAGACAUUCUAUUUGGUACAUCGACCCCGACACCAACUGUGACGUGAAAAAUGAGCCGGUGGAGCCGCCAAAGAGAAGAACUAUGACUUUCAGAAUAAAGAGGAUUCUGCCCAGUGCUUUGUUUGGAUCUGGAGCAAAGAAUUCUGCGACAGCAUCAUCAGACUCUCAGGGACUAAUUGAGGAGGUUGUUGAAGUUCAGACUCUAGAAAUGGCCGAGGUACCGGUUCCCAGUGAAGGAACAGCCCUGGACCCUCUGGACGAUGAAGACGGCCUUCUGGAGUGGUGGAGAACAGUAGAAGGAUGGGAUGAGUGGAAUGCGGCGAACGAGAAUGAGGAAGCUGAAGAAGUGGUGGAAGAAGCAGCCGAUCGUGUCUUCAUGGCGGCUCGUCUUUUCGUCCGCUUCUUCAACCAGCGUGGCGCCUCCCUCCAGCAGCGCGUCCUGGAGCUCCUGGCUUUGGCUGAUGCAGCCGACACUUUUCAUAAGAAAACCGUGACGGCCAGCGUGGGCGGCGGCGUGGCCAGCGUGGCCGGGUCCAUCACCACCAUCACCGGCCUCAUCCUGGCGCCCUUCACUGCAGGGACCUCCCUCAUCGUCACGGCUGUGGGCAUCGGCGUAGCUACAGCCGGCGGGUUGGCGUCUGCUUCGGCCAACAUCACAGACACGGUCCAUUCGAAGACGGACCGCAAGAAGGUGGAGAAGAUGAUCCAGGACUACGAGGACGAGAUGAAGGACAUCAAGGAGUGUCUGGAGUUUCUGCAGGAGGGGAUGGAGACGCUUGAUGAGUGGGACUUUGAGAAAUUCGCUGAAAGCAUCUCCAAAAAACACCUAAACCAGAACGUUAAACACGUCAUGAAGGAGGGCGGCCGAGCCGGCAAGGCUUUGGUCAUCAACACAGAGAGUCUGAUCAGCACUGUUCAGGUCCUCGGCGUUGCAGGCAGCGCCGCCAAAGCCGCCCAGGUGAUGAGCGUCACCACCGGAGUGAUGUCGGGCCUCUUCCUGGCUCUCGAUGUCUUUUUCCUGGCGAAGGACUCCAUGGAGCUGAGGAAGGGCGCUAAGACAGACUUUGCAACAAAAAUUCGAGAAGUUUGCAAAGACCUGCAGGACGGGCUGCUUCAGCUGAACACCAUCAAGGAGCAGCUGCAGAAAACCAUGGACGGGAUUGAGGUGGAGGUAGAAGAGGAGGACGAAGAGCAGUUGAAGUCUGAUCUGAAGAAACUCAUGGAGCUUGAAGACUGAAGUUAUGGUGAUUUCAAACCAAAGUCUCAGAAAUUAAAUGAAGUUUCAGUAGAAAAUGGCCUUGUAGUUUUUAUAAUUAUUCUGUUACUGUGCCAAACCUGCAAUUCCCUUUUCCAGUAUUUUCAAGUAGCUGCUCUGUAGGACUA